CACACAAUCAUUGCAUCAAACGCAGAUCAGCAGCAGCCGUUCCAUGGCAGUUGGAAAUAAAUAUGACCACGGAGAAGGGACUGUCAACCGAAAGAUCUUCUUAUAAACUAUCUAGCCAGACUGUUGCGGUUAAUGGUUUAUAUGUCAAAUGAGGGAAAGGCUUAGCUUGUCACAACAUAAAUCAAGGCUUCAAGAAGAAUCUUUUCGUGGAUACUGUCAAUUUUCAUUCAAGGGAAAGUCUGAGGCAGAUCUGGAAUCCUCUGGUGUGACAGAGAAGAACAGUGACAUAAUUGGCUGGAGGGAAUGGCCCCAGCCCUGACCAAGCUCUCCAAAGAAGACCACGGAAUCCACCUGGGGUCCAGCAACAUGGAUGCAGAUGGGGCAAUGCUCAAUAUCGAGUGUGAUCCUCAGUUGAAACUGAUGGAGGACAGUUAUGCUCAGAGGGUGUGGCUGAACUUUUCCUCUCUACCCUUUCUGGACACUUGUUGCUCCAGCAAGAGUCCCCUUGACUUUCCCGAGUCGCUCCUGUCCCCUCUGCUACAGGCCUCGGCUGGCCAGUACAAAACUGUGCUUCUUUCCAGCCCCGGUUCCCUGCUCAGCCUCCUGGCCCUCAACAAAACCCUGAAGCAUUCCCUGGUGGCCUGUCCAGGUGCACAAGACAUAUAUUUUGUUCCCAUCCCUGAACACAAUAGCCAAGGUGUGGCUCAGCAGCAACAGCAGUGUCAACACAGUGGCCAUGGACCAGAUGGCUAUGAUAUCCCCCAGUCCCCUUCAAAACACGGCCCGGGGGAUCUCAUGUCCCAGUACAACCCUGCUGUCCUCACACCCCUCAUUGAGAGGCAGGAGGAACGGGGCUCCAGCAGCACAGUCACAGCUCCAGCCCAGCUGUGGGCCAGAGGGGCUAGGAGCCAGGUCCAGGAGCAGCCUGUGACUGCAUUGGUGGAGGAGGUAGUGAGAGAGCAGACCCACUGGCAUCUCUCCCAACAAGCGGCUCAGUUAGGACGGGCUGGGAGGCUCCAGAGGAGACUUCAAGCUCUACUAGGGGACCACGCCUCUCGCCACUGCAGCCUCCAGCUGGAGGGUCUGAAGGGGAGUCAGGGCAGGGAGACCCCAGGUCCCCCCUCACCCCCUGCUGACACCAAGCCCUUUGAUACAGCCAUGGGGCAGAGACAGACGGGUACACUGAGCCGCAGGACCCAGGGCCCUGCCCUACUGCAGACCUCCUUACCCCCAUCUCCCUCCACAGACAUCCAGGAGUUUACCCGCUAUGCCCAGGUUGUGCUGCGCGGGGUGCAGGAGGCUGUAGACUCUGAUGCCACAGAGAGCAGCUCAGAUGAAGAGUUGGAGCCUCAGCAGAAAUGGGGGACCACAUCUCGAUCAGUUAGGCAUGGGUGUGAGUGGAGGUGGCAGAGGGAGAGGGCUGAGGUGGGCAGCAGGUGGACCUGGCUACAGCUGUAUGUCGCAAAGCUUGAGGGACGCAUCCAACAGCUGGGGGACCUGCACAAACAUAUCACCUCCACCAAGGGGGGGGUGGUCUUGGCGGAUUCCCAGCCGAUGACAGACGGGCAGAUUCAGCAGACGUUACUAACGGAGACGGCAGGGCUGUCAUUCACGUCAAGGGGCAGCGCUAGAGACCCUCCCUCUGACAUGGAGAACGAACCCAGCAGCCCCACACGCCUUCUCAGGAACAUACAGAGACAGAGUGUCCAGCUGAGCCAGAUUGUCAACAGCCUGAUGCCUCCUCUGAACCUCUCUCCUUCCUCCUCUCUCAUCUCAUGCCGGUGGAAAGGACAGAACAAGAGAGCCUUCAGCAGUGGCCUGGCCCUGGGAGGAUGUGACCCUUUCUCCCAGAAGGGACUCAAGAGGAGGAGAGUGAACCGCAGGAGACAACGCCUCCUCCAAAUGGACGCCACCUGUGUCUCAGCCCGCACCCGACCCCUGGUGACCUAUCACAAACCACAACUCUUCAUCAACACCAGCCACAGACAGCAGGACCUAGCCUCCCUCUCCUCCUCCUCCUCCUCCUUCUGUCUCACCUGUGCCUCCUGUGAUCCCCUGGCACUGUGUUCUGACCCAGCCUGCUCCUCCAGCAGCGCCCUGACCUCCAGGACCAGUCACACUGUGCCACACCCUGCUCUCUCUCUCACCUCAGGUUGCCGCCACAGCCACAAGCAGCAUGGGAGGCACCUGAGGGGAGGGGCCAGGGGCAUGUCAACUAUCAGGUGGGUGGGCUCUGCUCAGACCCCACACAGGAGAGCCUAUCGCGGGGGGAGGAAGAGGAAACAUACCCACAGGACCAUGGAAGAUGAGGAGGACCUCCUGUCUCAGCUGUCAGACCCUGAGGACAGUCCAGAGGAUAGCCUGGAGGAUGCCGUUACACCCCAGACCUCACACACACGCAAACGGGGCCCAAUCCGCAGACGUCAGGGAGAGAGUGUUUACAACAUUGACAACAUCGUCAUCCCUAUGUCCCUGGCUGCCACUACCAAGGUGGAGAGACUUCAGUACAGAGAUAUUAUAACGCCCAGCUGGAGAGUGAUUGAUAACCCACCCCUGGAGGAGGGGAGGGGAGGAGGAGGAGGAAGAGGAGCUGCUCUGUGACGAGACAUUUUCUCAGAGGCACCUGGGGUGUGAGCAGAGAGAGAAACUCCGCUGGACCUCCUGGGACAAGACCAGACACUACAGACGCACCACCAGGUCUGGCAGUAGGAACGAUGGAGCAGGUGGUUCUGUAUGGGACUGUGCUGUCAGGGGUGACACCAGGGGUGGCACCAGAGGUGACAUGAGCACUCACGUGGACUGGAGCUGCAGUCAUCUGGACACGGACGCAGAUGGAGCCUUAGAGGAGUGGGUGCCCCGUUUCCCGUGGAAGAGCCGUGUGUUUCCGCUGUGUGAGGAUGAGGAGACGGCUCUGAGGUGUGAUGAAGAGGAGCAGGAGGAGC